AUGCCUCGCGGUCCAGACGUUGAUCCGGACCUCUUGGAUGAGCCAGCCUACAAAAGCAUGACGCAAGAAGAAGCCAUAGACCUGGUACAGAGAGGUGCAACUGUGAAUUUCCACGGACAGCAUGGGCGAAUGCCUCUGCAUAAGGCAUCGGAGAAAGCCUUUCCCUAUCUGGUCAAGGCUUUGUGCGAAGCUCGUGCAGAUCCAGAUGGCAGAGAUCAGUUUGGUGAGACACCAUUGCAUCUCCUGGCGAAGUCUGGUACCUGGGACGAAGCGAUACCAGCAUCAAGACGUUGUGAAACUAUCCAGAUGCUGCUUCAGCAUGGUGCCGAUGUUCAUGCCGUAAACCCUCGUGGACGUGGAGUUCUGCAUUUGGCUGUCACUGAACAUGAUGACGCUGCCAUUGAGACUUUCAUUGAAGGCAUGGCGGACAUCAAUGCUCAAGACCUGGCGGGCUUUACUCCUCUCAUGUGGGCAGCUGGAAGGGACAGCACCGACUGUGUCAAGAUGUUGCUGGACUGUGAGGCCGACAUGAACGUCAAAGCAGCACGAGGGCAGACUGCAAUGACGUUUGCCUUGACAAAUGGGUGCAAUGCAAUCGUAGACAUGCUGGAGAAGCAUCAGGCCAUUCUUGAUGCGGAGGAGGCCAAGCGAAUCAAAGAACGAGGUGAAAGCCGCAGCGAGGAAGCGCAGGAGGAACGGCACGAAGAGCUGCAGCUUCCUAGACCAGAUUGGGCCUGCAAACACGAGAAGCCGGAGAACCUGCAAGCCUAUGCCGGUCGGGUCUACGCAGAGGCCAGGCCAGACAGGCAUUCGAAUGUAUAUGUGGAAGCCAGACCUCGCUCUUGA